AAUUUCAAUUUCCUCUCGCCUCUCCCCACUAAAUAUCUCCGCCCUUCGAUAUCUCAGCUCACAAACAAAGCUCAACACAUAAGACGCCUCUAGCCUUUUCUCUGUCUUGUUCUUCUAACUUUCUCUCUCAUCUGAAACCCUAAUCUAACCCUAAUUAACCGGAUUCGCCAUGAAAGGAGGUAAAUCCAAGUCAGAUGCCAAGAGCUCGAGACUUGCCGUGAACAAAAAGCCUAUAAAGGCAGCUGGAAAGAAAGCGGGUAAGGCGGCUAAAGAUCCAAACAAGCCCAAGAGGCCGGCUAGUGCCUUCUUUGUUUUCAUGGAGGAGUUCCGUGAGCAGUAUAAGAAGGACCACCCUAAAAACAAAUCAGUAGCCGCUGUUGGUAAAGCUGGUGGAGAGAAAUGGAAGUCCAUGUCUGAUGCUGACAAAGCCCCAUAUGUUGCCAAGGCUGAGAAACGCAAAUCUGAUUAUGAGAAAGAAUUGAAAAAUUAUAACAAGAGACAGGCUGAGGCUCCUAAGGCUGAGGAUGAAGAAGAGUCUGAGAAGUCAAUGUCAGAGGUGCAUGAUGAGGAUGAAGAUGAAGAUGGCAGUGGCGAGGAGGAUGAUGAUGAGUAGGAAUUGGCGAGGAAGAUUUCAUAGUCAUUUAGGCUGUGACAGUGUUUGAACAAAAUAUGUUAAUGUUUGUGCUUCAUGUUAAUUUUUAGAUACCUUUUGUCAUGUGAGGGAAUCAUGUUUCUCCUGUCACUUUCUCUUGCUCCUCAAAAUUAAUAGUUGUAGAUGUAAGAUUCACUACUAUAUGUACUUUGCUUCUAAAGCUUAAUGAUUUAGUUAAGGUGUUUCAUCUUUUGUAGAAA